AUGGAAAAAAAAAUUCUAAAUGAAAUCUAUUUCGUUCUAGUUCCUGAUGAAGAAACAAUAUUAACAGGUGCCGCUGAUAUAGAUGAAAGUCAACGUGAAUAUAAUGUCGGUGAACUGAUUUCAUUUGCAUCUUUCGAUAUUCCAACUGAUACUAAUCCACAUGAUCAAAAACCAAAUUCAUUGUUCAAUGAUGAUGUAUUUGAUCCAUUUAAUCUUUAUGGUUCAUCAACAUCAACGAAUUCUGAAACAGGUAAAGAAGAAGAAUCGAUAACUGAUGAAAUUGGCUCCACCACAGAAAUGUGA